AUGCCGCUGAAACGAACGAGAUUACUGCUGGGGAUUGCAACAUCGCUGCUGAUUUCAAAUUCGAAUGCAACUCGCCAUCACAAGCAACUUUAUGAAGUAGAAGAAUCAUCAUCAUCAUCAUCAUCAUCCAUAGAUGACAUUAGUCAAAAGUCGCUUCGGGCUAGAAGAGAGUCCUUUCGGAGACAAGAAGAAGCCAUUCAUGAACAAGACAUUGAGUCGCAAUCAAGGAGACUCCGAAGUGCAUCCAACCACCACCAGCAACAAAAUCAACGACGAACUCAAUCACUGAUUGAAAAUCUCAACGUGAGGACACACAAGAUUGGCGUCGAAACUUUCUACCAUGAAGAUCCAAAGCCAAAUAGACCACUACUUGAAACAACUGGGAUGCGGCUGAACAAGGUCGCAAAGGAACUCUUUUUAGAUGAGGACAUGCUCGGUGAAAUGUUAGAGGACGUAUAUAUCUCGCAGUUCAGUAUGAACACUGCAUUUCCAACACCGCAACCUGUUCCUGGAGGUACACCGUCACCCACGCGGCAACCGACUCCUCCACCGACUAGACCACCGUCACCAGGUGCUACGCCUCCACCGACACCAUUUCCGACUAGAUCACCGACACCAUUUCCGACUAGACCACCAACACCAUUUCCUACGCCUCCACCUACCCCUGGGCCAACUGCAGUCGGUGGAACUGCUUCUCCAACGAAACAGCCAACUCCACCCCCAACGCCGCCCCCAACGCAAUCUCCUACUCCCCAGCCGACUCCUCCACCAACACCAUUUCCUACGCCUCCACCUACAACUGCUCCGCCAACACAAGCGAGUGUCUGUAACGGCAUUACUGCAAGCCAGAGACGACAGCAACUGGAAGAGAUUUGCUUGGAUUUAUCCAACAUCGGCACCUUCACUUCGGGGACAGCACAAUCACAAGCUUUCGAAUGGUUGGUAAAUACUGACACAGCACAAGUUUGCCCUGACAACAUUUUGGAUAUUGAACAGCGGUAUACAUUGGCAACUCUUUACUUUGCUACUGGAGGUGACAACUGGAACGACUGUAGUCGGACAACAAACAGUCCAUGUCCGUCAGAUAGCACACGGUUCCUGAGUGCCGUGGAUGUUUGCUUCUGGUUCGGCAUCACCUGCUCGCAACAAGAAAUUACAGGUAUCUCUAUCGAUAACAACAAUCUCGUUGGACGAUUACCUAAUGAACUCAGUGUUCUUGGACAGUUGGUGGACAUUGAUUUCGAUGGAAACCGUUUCAUUUCUGGCAAUAUUCCAGCUUCCUUGGGAACUCUCGAUAACCUCGAGACCUUGGAUUUGGACAACAACAUUUUGACAGGAACAAUACCCAAUUCCAUCUUCGAUGCAUCACUGAUGAAGGCACUGGAUCUUGAUACCAACAACCUCAGUGGCACCAUUUCACCUAGAUUUGCUGAGUUGACAGAUCUUCAGAUCUUGUUUCUCGACCAGAACAAUCUAGUUGGAACGCUUCCUCCAGAAAUGGGAACCAUGAAUCAACUACGAUUCCUAACGUUGGACGACAACAAUCUCAGCGGAUCGUUACCUCAAGCAUGGAGUGGAAUGAGCGAGCUGAGGGUCUUUUUGAUCAAUAACAAUGAAAAUUUCAGCGGGACGAUACCCACCUUCCUUGGAAGUCUAGCGGGACUCCAGCUGAUCUCUUUCUUCAACACCGGGGUCAGUGGAACUGUCCCGACUGAAUUGGGGCAACUGACGAAUCUUCGAAACUUGUUUUUGCACUUGAGUGAUUUGACGGGGACCAUGCCCCAAGAAAUCUGUGACUUGGUGCGACAGGAUGAUAGCGAUACGUCCAAGAAUCUAAUUCAGCUGACUUCGGAUUGUGGGGGAAACAGUCCGAAAAUUAUUUGUGACUGUUGUACAGCCUGUUUCUAA